AUCAUCAUCAUAAACCUGACGUAGUAAAAUGCAUGGGUAUAAUUACGUAGUUUUGCACUAUGUAAACAUCAUUACAAUUGAAACGUUGUGGAAGAUUUUAACUGAAACUUUAAAAAGUUUAUGCGUAUACUUAUCAGUCAAUUUUUAGGAUUAUUUUAUACUUUCGUUUUGUGUAGAUAAACGUGAUUUAUUCAAUGGCAGGGCUUCCAACGGAACAACAAUUGAUGAACCAAAAUGCUUAUGCUGAUGAUGUGAAUGUAGAAGUUGACACAACACAAUAUAUGGAAUACUGCACCCAAUGUUUUACAUGGAUAUUUAAGACUGGACCUAUCAAAACUAAAGUUUUGGUGAUUUACGCUCCUAUUUCUAUAAUAUUGAUAUUGACAUUACUAAUUGUCAUAGUUCAUAAAAAGUCGGAUAACACUCCACCCUUUUCGAUGCUAGACAACAUGGACAAAGAAUUCCUGAAAAUACCAUGUCAAGUAGUUAAUCAAGCACAAUAUCCACCAAUACGGAAAGAAAGUUACGACACGUGUUUCUACACAAUAGAAAAUAUAACUACGAUAUUGAAUGCCACGAAAAAAUCAACAUACAAGCUACCUGACAUUUAUAAUCAUACAACACCUUGAGUUGGCACUGGACGGUUAACAUGGUUACGUAUGAAAUACCAAAACAAGAAACUCUGCCUUUGUGAACUCUUUUUCUUCACAUUAUGGUAACUAUCUUGGGCAUUUGUUUUUAUUUUUAACAAAGCAUAUGCGUUUGAAGGGAAAAACAUUCUAUGCUACAUGUGUAAUUUAAGCUAUAAAAGCUUUGUGAUAUUCGCAGAAUCGUUUUUACUUUAAAACAUGUCUUUUUGAUUUCUGAAAAUAUUAAGAAAUUACCAUAGCAUGCUAUUAUGGUUCAUUUUUUAAAAUUUUUAUUUGGAUGGAGAGUUGUCUCAUUGGCACUCACAUCACAUCUUCCUAUAUCUAUUUAUUGCAUUGUUUUUGUAGCAACAUGACAUUUCUCGCUUUGAAUACGGAGAUAUAAAACAAAUUCCGUUUUAAAAUGUUUGAUAUUGCAUUUUAAUCAAUUCUAAAUUGUUACUUAUAUGUUCAGGAAAGUAGAAACAUGUUUUGAAGUUGUCAGCUUAUUGCAUGUUUUGUUACUUAUAUUGACCCUAUUAUUGCUGCACAAAAUAUAUAUUUAUGAUAAAAUCAUAAAUGUCUUCCUAAUAUAUUUUCAUGGCAAUUUUCAUCUCAAUAGUUUUCAAUUUUGUGAUAUGUAUUUGAAUAUUUAUCGUUCCUGUGAAAUGUUAUUUUUGUGUGUUUGUAUUUUAAUGCAUGCAGAUUUGAAUUUCGUUUCGAUUUUUGUCCAAUCAAAUCACAGUUAUUAAAAAUCAAUAAUGAAGACACAUGUAUAUGUGAUCAUGCGUAAUGAUCUUCCAAUUUGUAAAAUAUUAUUGGUGCAAUAUAGUCUUUUGCGCUGAUGCAUGCAGACCCAUUGGUGGCCUUCGGCUGUUGUCUGCUCUAUGGUCGGUUAUUGUCGCUUUGACACAUUUCCCAUUUCCUUUCUCAAUUUAAUUAGCGUUAAUGAGUCACAAUUCAAUAAGAUUUAACGAUUAUCAUUUUUUGAAAUUUUCUUUGUUUAUUACAGAAUGGUAAAAUUUUUAUAACUAUUUGGCUUUUCAAACUAAUCCAAAAAAAUAUCGCCCAAUAAAAAAGCGCUUUUUCUCGAUUUUUUUCAUAAUUAGGAGUGUUUCAAAUUAAUUGCAAGGAUGUGUAAGAUGCUAAACCAAUGAAGGGCUAUAUGAAUAAACAGUUAUAAUAAGAGCGUCAAUGAUGAUUGAUUCUUAUGUUGAAUAAAUACGCGCUUGACGUCCAAAAUGUGAACGAUGGCAUCUACGCCGAGUUUGAACAAAUACGAAGAUAAUUAUGAUUAAACAGAUUAAACGCACAAAUAAACGAAAAAAACAUGAAUUUAAGCCUCGAAUUAAUUUAGGAAAAAAGAUAUGAAAUAUUUAGUCCUUUAAUUUAUGUUAAACAUAAAAAGCAGUAAGAAAAUGCAGAUGUCUCUUUUGUGUUCAAAUGCUAAUGUUUCUAUUGGCAUGAUGUUGAAUUGGUGCAGUCUCUUUAAAUUAAUGCUUUAUCUGUUUAUUGUAAAAAAAAAUUCUGUUUCAUUUAAUGGAUUGAUUACAGGUUAACAUGCUUUUCAAAACUCGUUUGGUUUGUCAACUGUCACUUUUACUGUGGAGACAUAUGUAAACGAAGAAUGUUUAAUGUACUAAAUUAUAAUCCUAAUAUAUACAAUAAGAGUUUUACGUUAAUUCACAGAAUCUUAUAAAAGCUGUCAGAUACAAUUAAGCAAUUUCACAUGGAAUCCAAUUCAUGUGAUUUCAACUGAAAUUCACAAUGAAUUUCCAGCAAGAUUUACGUAAAAUUUAUAUAAACGUUCCGGUUAGUUUCAUGCAUAACUUAGUUUCAGGAAAAAAUUAUGUGAAUUUCACUAGAGUUUCUUACGAAGUUGAAUUCACAUAAAAUCCCUGUGAGUGAAAAUUCCCUCUGUACCUACUGCUAUGACCACCUUUUAACAAAAGACGUUUUUAUCAGUCCGGUUUUUUUUACAUAUAAUUAGCUUCUCAUGUGUAAUCUUAUUAUAAUUUUGUUUUUGUAUUGUAUUUAUUAUCAUGUAUUAUAUAUGUUGUGGUAACUAUGCACUGUAUUUUAUUUUAAUGUGUGUAUACUCUCCCGUUGUUCGUUACAAAAGACUUUUGGUGCUAAAUAAAAACAUAUUUUAGGUUCAAGUAAUCCUAUUGACUUCUUGAAUAUUAUUUAAUUCACCCUUGGAAAGUCUUGCUAAUUAUAUAUAUACUUAAAAAAAGGGGGUGGGGUGGGGAAUUUAUACUUAAGUUAAGAAAUUGAUAAAGUUACAACAAUAAGCUUAAAGCUGAAAACAAUACUGAAAUUUUGGCUCAGUCCAUAUGGCUGAACUCUAACAUCAAACUGGAUGGCAAGAUGAUUUUGCUGUUCAAAUUUAUUCAAAAUAGUAUAUUCAUCAUUAUUGAUCUGAUGUCACAUGAUAAUUCAUUAUUCUCAUAUGAUGAAUUUAGAAUUAAAGUAUGAUUUAAAUAUGAA